AUGGUGAUUAUGAUUAUCAAGAUAAUGGCUACGGUAGACGGCAUGGAUUUUAUGGCAUACGUUACCCCCGUGGCAGAAAUAACCAUGGUUAUUUUGGUUAUCGUAGGCUAUGGGGGCUAUGGUUAUCAAAAUUACGGAUAUGGUUAUAAUCCGUAUAGCAGAUAUAACCUUGGUUAUUCAGGAUAUGGUCGACUUGGUGGAUAUGGUUAUGGCAAUGGUUACGGCAAUGGAUACGGCAAUGGAUACGGUGGCGGAUAUGGUGGUGGUUAUGGCCGUAAUUACGGUAACUAUGGUUAUGCCGGAUACGGCCGGUUAGGUUACGGCAGAUACGGUUUAUACGGUCGGCGAUACCCCUAUCGGAGAGUUAAUAAUGGCUACGGAGUCAGUACUUAUGGCUACGCUCCUAAUAGGGGUUACUAUGGCAACGGUGGGUACGGUGGCUACCGGACCGGUUAUGGAAAUGGUUACGGAUUGUAUAGACAGUAUAGAAAUUACGGUCGAUAUGGUUAUUAUGGAAAAUGA